AUGGUGAAGAAAAUAUUAUGCGAUUACUGUAAUAUAACGUUUGCAGACAACUUAUCAAGUCGUAAUCUACAUUUCAACAGCAACUCGCACAAAAAGAACAGAAGAAAUUAUUUUUCGCUGUAUAAAGACGCAAUAACAUUAUUUCUCGAGGAACGUCAAAAACAACCGUGUCGUCGAUUUAGAACUACUGGACAGUGUCAAUUCGGUUCUAACUGUAACUAUUCUCAUUACACCUUUGAACAAUUAAUUAGUCUAAUCAAUCAAGAAAACCAAAAAAAAAUUUGUAGACAAGUGGAAAACAUUAAUUCAAUUCCAACAGUUGAUUCUUGGUUAAUAAAGUAUCAACAGAGUUUAUACACUAGAAGCACAGGCAGUGAAACAAAUACCAAAAACUUACAAUUAAAUUAUCAAUAUAGAAAUUUACCAUCAUUAGCUCCUAUCACUAAUUUUGAUAAACUAAAGAGUAUAACUCUAAACACUUGGUCGAGUUUCCAAGGAUGA